AUGCAUGCAUGUACGGGAGAAAUCGAGACAUACAAUGAAUAUUUACAAGGUGCACUGAUAUAUCUUGAUCUUGAAAAUGAAAAAGAUUCUGAAUUAAUACAACAAAUUCGACAACAUUUUGCUCGUUUUACUUAUAAAUUUAUUAAUCAAAUACCUCGUAGAGCACAAAAGACUGAACCAUGUUCUGAACUGGAAUUAGUUUCUAUUCAAGCUUGUGCAGCAACGCUUUGUUGUGGAACAAUGGCCUUUGAAUGGUUUCAGAAAACAGUGGUACCAUGGUUAGAUCAAUUUAUUGCUGCACACGAGACAAAUCAAUUGGCAAUAAACACCGUCUUUCAAUUACUUGAAUUACAUGGUGAAAAUACUAAUGCAAUGGUUAUUGAUUAUGUGACAGAUCGAUGUUACACAAAAUUUGUACGCUUUAGUGAUCGAUGUUUUACAGCAUUAGCAAAAAUAUUUAUUGAAGUUGCCAAUGAUUAUCCUUGUGAUAUAACUGCUGUUUUAAUAUUAACAAUGUUGAAUGUUGGCUCACCACGUAUGCAUAUUCAUGAAUUAGCAUUAAGAUUAAUGGUUGCAUUAUGCAAAGAACUCUUAUGGGAUGCCUUACCAGCAACGUGGGCACAUAAUUUAAAAGUAAUAUUACGUUAUACAUUAAUUAUGGUCACAUUAUCCUCCUGUGAAUUAUUACCACACGCUAAAAAGGUAACAUUGUACAUAUGUAAAAAUAAUGAAGAACGUUUAUUAAACGAAUUGAUGAAUGAAUUACAACAAAUGGAAUCAUUUAAUGGUUCACUUGAACGAACAGAUACAUUACCAUUUUAUCGUUUUACAAACUCAAAUAAUACAACAACAAACAAUACUACGACAAAUCCAAUGAAUUCAAUGUUAUUAAUUAAAAAAUCGUCCUCGACAUUUAAAGCACACGAUGCGUCACAACAACAAACUUGUGGAGUUUUUCAUAAUAAACGACAUCAUAGUGGUGAAGAUACGUCGGACACAUUCCCAGGUCUAGCAUUAAAAAGUAGAACAUCAUCACAAACAAGUUUAACCAGUUUUCAUGAUAAAAUAACAGUACGAGACUCGUUCGAUGGAGAAAAGGAAUUUUCGAUGAUGCGUGUCGAUGAAGUGCAUCAACCAGCUCCACUACCAUUGGCUCCUUAUGGGGGUACUGCUGCACCAUUUAAAACACUGCUACCAGAAUUGUCAAGUCCAAUUCCAGGUUUAUUUCGAUGUAGUACUGGCGUUAUGCCCAUUAAUGAACUAAUUGUUAGUGGAUUACAGAUCGAUUGGUCAGCUCAUUUACCGGAAUUGUUACACAUAGCUAUGUUAGGAAUGGAUCAUAAUCGUGCUAUUAGAGUACAUAAGCUACGAAGUGUCAAACAGUUACGACAAUUUGUACAAUGGAUUGUUUAUCUGUUUCGUUCAUGUGUACCACAAGUAAUGGUAGAAGAAAGAUGGAUGCAGUUAGCAUUAAGAAUUACAUUAAGUUGUUCGAGUAGACAUUAUACUGGAUGUUCAUUACAAAUCAUACGUCCAUUAGGUUUACCAAUGAGUUUUCGCUGGGUAAUUGAUAUAUUAUCACGUUUAGUGAAAACAGUUGCUGAACCAGGUGAUGAUAUGCAGGUUAUGUAA